GAGAGCCUCCCGGAGCGCGGGGACAGUCCCACACAGCGUCAGGGGAUUGGUAAGAAAAAGCAGUCUUAUCCAAUGAGAAUAACGGGAAACAAACCUAACAGACCUAACAACUACUCAAUCAAAUUGCUUAGCAUUAAUGCCGCUGAAUCGAGGAAACUGUAACGUUGUUUGCAGCCUUUAGGGAGGAGCGCAGGAACCAUAGGAAUGCGAGGUCCUUGAAGGCGUGUGAAGGCUCCAGUUCAGCUUGUGCCUUCCAGGCGUGAUCGUCCCUGGCUGCAGGAGAGCAGCAAAUGGCCACAGCACAUCGGUGUCAGGAGCCCGUGAGCUUUGCGGAGGUGGCCGUGUAUUUCAGCAGGGAGGAGUGGGCGCUGCUGGACCCUGCGCAGCGAGCGCUCUACCGGGACGUGAUGCUGGAGACGUACCAGUGCGUGGCCUGGCUGGCUCCUCUUCCAGCCCCCAAGCCUGGGCUGAUCUCCCUGCUUGAAGGAGGGGAAGACCCCUGGAUCCCAGAUGUGCGUAGCCCUGAGGCCGUGCCAGGAGACCUGAGCCCAGGUGACUUCUAA